AAUUCAACCUUUCCCAUUCCAACACAAUCACGCCACUUCUCUAUAUAUACACUUCUUCUUAACCCACUUGUUCUCUCAUCAUCAUACCCACAAAUCUUAGUCAUUAUCCAAAUUAUUUUUCAGUACCAUGGGAGAGACCAGACAGCCACAGCUUAACGGAGCCUAUUACGGCCCUUCAAUUCCGCCGCCGUCCAAGUCUUACCACCGCCCAGGCCGCGGCGGUGGCGGCUGCUGCUGCAACCCCUUCAGCUGCUGCUGUAGUUGCAUAGCGAAUUGUAUUUGUACCUGCUUAUGCCAAAUCAUUUUCACUAUUCUCAUUAUUGUUGGCAUAAUUGUUUUGGUACUCUGGCUUAUUUUCCGCCCCAACACCGUCAAAUUCUACGCCAAUGAUGCCUCUCUGACGGAAUUCAAUUACAAUAACAACACGCUGCACUACAACUUGGCGCUCAAUUUGACGAUCAGAAACCCUAACAGGCGAAUUGGAAUUUACUAUGAUCGGAUCGAGGCAAGGGCCUUAUAUGAAGGCCAGAGAUUUGAUAGCGUUCAACUGACACCGUUUUAUCAAGGCCAUAAAAGUACCAAUUCGUUGAGGGCGGAAUUCAGAGGGCAAAGGGUUGUUUUACUCGGAAAUAGAGAGAUUUCGAACUAUAAUGAGGACAGGAAUUCUGGUAUGUUUGAUAUUGAAGUAAUGCUUUACCUGCGCAUUAGGCUGAAAUUCGGAUUUGUGAAAUCGACAAGAGUGAAGCCGAAUAUCGAGUGCGAUUUGAGGAUUCCUCUACGUUCCAACGGCACAUCAUCUGGAACUUACGAAUCGAAACGGUGCGAUUUCGAUUGGCGUUGAUUUUUAUCCGGAUUUUCAUCGAUCUGUGCACUUUCUUGUGCUUUUAUUGAGUAUCUGUUUCUUCAUUGAUUACUUUUCUUAUGAUUUUUUAGUAUAUGAUACAGUUUAUUAUUGUUUAUCAGUUCUGGAUUUCUUGGUUUUAGAACUACAUUUCGCAGGAUCAUUGAUUCUGAUUAUGUGUUUAUGUGAAUAAAUAAUGAGUUUAUAUUUCUCUGUUCA